GAGUGUGUGGGUGUGUGUGUAGGAAUAACAAAAGUACAAGAAAAUACAAAUAUCGAACACAAUGGAAACAAUAACGUGCGAAACGAUUGGAAAUGCUCCACAGACACAACCACAAAGACAGCCGCAGUCGCAGUCACAGUCGCAGUAGCAGCCACUGGCCGGUCAGCGUCUGGCGUGUCAGUCAGAGUCGGAGGCAGAAGCAGCCGGUUAGCCAGCGGGCCAACAACAAGUCGCAGGCAAAUACCUAAAAAAAAGAAGAGAAAAAAAACACAAAUGAAACACAAAUCGAUAGGAAUUAUCGAAAAUCGCGUCACGUAUUUUUGUUGUUGUUGCUGUGCCUCAUUUAGCUGUACAAAUAUUUGGUUUUAAUCGAAAUGCAGUUUACAGUUAGCAGCAAUCACUGGAAAUAAGUAAUAAAUUGCGUGUGCGCCUCAAUAAAACAAUUCCACAACAACUGCAACUGCACAGCAACAAAAUGUGCCGUAGUGUUAAAAGUGCAAUGUGCUAAUUAUGCGGGCACACAGUGCGGAUACGUGUUGAAAGCCCAGCUAAAGUGAAUACGUUAAGAACGACGCUACAAGUCAAAGCAAAGAGCAAAGUAGGAAGAAAAAAAAAAUAAAGGGAAAAAGAAAAGCCAACGCAACACGACUUGUUGCUGGGAAAUCGAAAUUCAGUUAUUAUUGUCGUCGCGUCAAGCAAAUGGAAAAGUCAAGGAAAAUGUGUCUGUGCGGAAUGUGAAGAAGUGUCAACGUUUACAAGUUAUCAAUUGUGCGCAAUUGAAAUGUGAUUUACCUGUCUAUAUCUGUCUAUAUCCCUCUAUAUUUCUGUGCCUGUGUGUGUGUGUGCCUGUGUACAAGUAGUUGAAAUAAUGUCAUGCAUUGGCUCGACGGGAUUUCUUUGGAUGACAAUUUAAUUAGCGGACGCGCCAGCGGCAGCAACGGCGACAACAGCGACAACAAUCAGCGGAAAUCAACGCAAAGCUCAUCGCCAACAAAAGCAAAACGAAGACGUCAUGCACACUAUAAGCUAAAUACAAGAUUGGACAGAAAGUCAUCACGUGGCAUGAUAUACGAAAAUGAAGAGCUCAGGUUGCGCACAAUCAAUAUAAAUGCGGAAGUAGAGCGAGGUCAAUCGGAUAUCAAGCGUUUGAGGCGUGAAAAUGAGCAUCUGCGCCGUGAGAUUUGGACACUUCGUGAUGAAUGCGACCGGCUCAACAAGCGCUUCAAGGCAAAGCUGAGUGAACACGAGUUUGGCGGCUGUCGCAGCAGCGGGGGCAGCGGGCGUCGCUGCAGCGGUGGCGGCAGAGCCAGCGCAGGUUGUGAUGGAAACAGUGAUGACUCUGACUCAUGUGAUACCUGUCGCUGCGAGGACGACGGCCAGUGCAGCGAUGAGUGCUGCCAGGAGAGCGGCUCGUGUGCAUCAAUCAAACCGCCGUUGCCACCAGAGGAGUCCAAUGCCAAGGCUCUUGAAUGCAAUCCACCAGCGAUGCCGGAUAACCAGCCAAUGCACUUUGACCAUCUGUCUGUGGUGUCGGAGGAGACGCUUAGCAAUCCGGAAAUGAUGCUGUCACAGCCACCGGAGCAUCAACUGAUGAUUUGUACGCCCGAUGUCAAUGGCUCGCAGAGUACACUGCCCAGCCUGGUGGGACCACUAACGCCCCUCACGCCCAUCGAGCUAGUGGCCAACCAGUUAAAUGAUUUGCAGGCAAUGGUGCCGCCGCUCUCCUACUUUGAGAACAUUCUUGCGCAGCAUCUGGGUCAUAAUCAGGUGUUGACACCGACACCUGAAUUAGGCACAAGCUCCAGCACGAGCACCGGCAAGACCAUGAAGCAUACCAAUGGCUGGGAUUACAAUCUGCAGUCACCGUUCUCGCAGCUCAAAUACUCCAAUGCAUCGUCGCCAUCGCGCUCUCCUCCCCCACAGCCACUGACUACCUUUGUGCCCACAGGCACGCUGCAGGCGCUGCCCAGGAUAGCACUGAAUGUGCCCGCGCCGACGGCACCCGGUGGCAUCAUUGAGACCGUAGCCAUAACCACAAACACAACGCAACAAGCGCUCAACAGCCCCAAGCAUUUUUUUGCUCCGAUGAAGCCGCGUCUCAAGCUCAACACGGAGCUGGCCAAUCGGGGUCAGGACACACUGCCGCCAGGCUCGCCGCCUCCGCCGCUGGAGACUGCAACUCCGCUGCGCGAACCUCCCGAUAUUUUUGUAAAUAAUGCGCUUGCGACACCUUAUCAGCGUCCCGGCCCGAAGAUCUCUCCACAAGUAAGUCCGCGUCAUCGUUCGCGAUCCCAUUGCCAGGCGCACCAGCAUCACCAGCACCACCGUCAGCACCGUCAUGGCCAGCAGCAGCAUGCCUCACUCUCACCACCGCCACCCGUGCAGCACCAGCAGCAUUGUUCACUGCAUCGGGCGGUGGUGAAUGUGGCCGCUGCCGUCGGCCUGGGCAUUGGUGGUGCUGAGGUGAAUGCCUGUGCCGGCAGUGUGGUUGAUAUUUAUGCUGCUGCGCUUGCCGCUGCUGCUGCUUCAGCUGUCCGAUCAGCAUCAUCGGCGCCCCCAUCUCCGCUGCCCCUGACCCGUGGCUCAAUGGAGCCAGUGUACGCGACCGCACAAAAAGGCUGCCAUAGCAGCUGCAAAUCUGCGACAGCUCUCACACAGCCCGUGAUGACCGUCACGACGAACACCACAAAGACAACCGCAUCGCCACUGCGGCUGGUCACAAGCCUGACCCACUCUGCAGGCGGCUGUAAGCCGUCUGCCGCAGUUUUCGCCACGAGCAUCGUGGAUAUUGGCAGUCAGACGGAUUCUGUGAAUUUGGAGUCAAUAUUAAACGACAUAGAGACAAUUUCGGAGGACAUUCUGGCCAUACAGUUGGAGAAGAGUAGAUCACGCGAUAACCUAAUAUCCCCCUCUGGUCAAAUCAAGGACAACACUAAGAAACCCUAUCGCUCCGAGAUGAAUCUCUAUCUGCAGUAUGACGGCACAACCCCAGCCACUUCGAAUGGAACAGCCAUCACUGAGACAACAAAUACUGCAACCUCUGAUUCCAAUAGCAGUCACAAGCUGUCAAGUCGCGCGCGUUCUCUGGAACGCGAACACACGGACAGUCCGGCGCCGCACAUGCCCGAUCCAAUGGCUCCGUUUCCGGAGAAGUGCACGUAUCUGGGUUUCGAGCAGAUCAAUCAGACGGUCAGUGUGCAGCAGUCACCGUCGGGUCAGAAGCCGCCAAUUGGCGCUAAGCCCAAUCUUCCUGCCAAGCCGCCGCCACCUUUGCCACCAGCGCGCCGUCCAGCCCAGCCUACAGAGCCACCACCAGCACCACCAGCUGGACUCUCUCCAAACAAGAGCCACCUGUACAAAUCACUCGCCUCAGCGGCGGCAGCCAAAAGAGCUAUAUUUCGCUCCACACCAUCGCAACUGACGAGAUCCCUUGAUGUGGAGUGCACCGGUGGCAACGAGCCAGCUGCCGACGAAGCCGAUCCUCUGGCUGUCAAUGAGCAGGAUGAUGAGACGGCCAAACGGAGGGCGCGUCGUGUUUCCAUAGUGUGUGGUGAGGAGCAGCAGGCUGUGGUAAAUGGCGCCGUUGUAUGCACUGCACCCACUCUGCCGACAGCAACAGCCAGUUGCAUCGAUUUGCCCAGCGCUGCAGCUGGAGUUUUGCAACAUCCGAACAUUAAGGCAUUCAGGCAGAUGAGCCAUAGCACGCCCAGUUCGCCACAUUCCUCGCGCCGGCGCACCAACAGCAACACAAUGACAGGAGGGAAUCCCGAGGUGUCGGCCACAUCCUCGGCACCACCCAGCACCACACACCAUCAUCAUCAUCGAAAAGAGAGCAGCGAUCCGGCGCCUAUGACCACAGCGACAGUUAGCCGCACAAAAUGCUCGCGACGUCACUCGGAGGGCACCGUUCACAAUGCCCAUCGGAUUAGCAACUCGAGUGGUGGCGGUGGUGGUGCUGGUGGUCAUCAUCAUCAUCACACGCACCACCAUCAGCACAGCAGUUUGAUCAGCAGCAAUCCGCAUCAUAGUCACCAUUCCCAUCAGGAUAGCAAUCAUGAGACGGUCACCUCCCUGUCCGACCGCAACUCCAACAGCUUUGGCUCUUCGCGGGAAUCCUCGACGAGCUUCAGCAUGCGCUCCAACCGGCGCAAGAUCUCGAUAAGCUCGCAUACGGGCGGCAAGAUACCCUGGUGCGGCUGCUGGGGAAAUGGAUGUCUCUAAAGUGUGAAUUGAGUGUAAAUCUAUGUUUAGUUAGAAAUUAGGGGCCUAAGGGAUAAUUGACAGGAGCUGCCGUCCUAGAAACAAAUAAAUCCAUAUUUUUAGAACCUACUCACAUGUUGACAUAUGGGUUAAUUAGUCUGCAAUGAACAAAUGUGGAAAUGGAGAGUUCUCAGCCAUCGACUUAUUCAAUUUUCAUAGUAUGCAUUUUUUAAAAAAUCAAUCGGCAAGUACAAAAGAAUGAUAAUUUGAUUCUGGAAUGAAGUCGAUUUAAAACAUUUUCAUAAUGAGCAUUUUUUCAAAAAAUCAAUCGAUAAGUACAAAAAAAAAAAAAAACACAGAAUUCGAUGCGGCUCAGUUAUAGG